AGUUGGUCAUUGCGAACCGCAGUGACGAAGCCAUGUGAAUUAAGCCAUGGUAAUGGAUGACCCAAAGUCUCAGACCUGCAACAACAAAGUGUCCAAAACAUCACAAGCUUUGUCACCUGUAAAACUGCAUAAAGUCAAAGGUUCGUAUGGUCAGGUAGAGUCGGGCGGAGAGGGGGAGGGUGAGAGCCCCCCGGUGGGAGAAGGGGUGUGGAGCAUCUCCCGCCAAGAGGGGGCAGCAGUCGUACCAACCUCGUCAUUGAAGGAGCUCCGGAUCUCGCAGUCUCACUCCAAGAAAGUAAUCAAACAUGCGCUGCGACAACAGGCCAAGCGGCGUAGGAAGAACACCACAAUUGCUGCGGGCAAUUCGGCGCCCUUGCCACGCAUCUUGGUCCCACCGCAGUGUGAACACGAAUCCUCUCACAACUCUGGAUUAAUUGUUCCAGUGGAGGAGGCGUCGCAGCGGAUGUGCUACCGACCUCCGACCAUGCUCGAGGUUCUGUCAUCCAUCCCCGGGUUCAGCAUCAAGCAGCGGAAGCGCUCCAACAAGAAGCUGUCGGCCGCUGCUCAGCUGGAACAGACCAAGGAAGGCUGCAUUGACUUGGAGACACCAGACUCCAUUCUUGUCAAUACCAACCUGCGGUCGUUACUCAACAAACAUACGUUCAACACGUUGCCGCCGCUGUACCAGUAUAAGUUGGUGCAGCUGCUGCCUCAUGUUGACCGCACCACGCCGGCUGGAGACUCCUUCAGGUUAAGUGCAUCAGGGCUGAACAAUGAGUUCUUUGCACGAGCCUGUCUGGAAUGGAGGGAGAGGCUGGCGGAGGGUGAGUUUACACCUGAAAACCAACAGAAACUGAAAGCGGAGGCAGAGAGAGAAAAGAGCAAAUUGGAUCCAUGGAAGUUGAAGCACUUUGAACCAAUUUGGGGCGAAUCUGCAGGAGUGAGUGGCAGGGUGGACUGGCCCGCCGCCCCCGCCGUAGUGCCUGCUCCUCCCCCUACCCCGGCCCCCACCAAGCCCAAGGCAGCAGUGAAAGUCAAAACACCGCCUGCACCACCACCGCCCCCACGGCUCCGUACGGUGGGGGCUAUCACUAGGGCAGUUGCCAAUUACAGGGAGAAACGGGAGGCUGAAGAGAACUCUAUGUUAGAACCAAACAAGAGAGUCAAGUCGUCCAACAAGACAGAUAACAAUGUCAAAUCUUCAGCGACAGCUCAGCCACCUCCUUGUACAGUAACAUCGGUUUCUCCUCCAUCCAACCCUGUAACGGAGAGCAAAGUGCAUGUGGAGGAAUCAAGAACUGUAGAAGAAGUGAAGGUGGUGGAGGAAAAGAAGAAAGACAAUUGGACGGGAGACCAGACAAAUGUAGAUCUGAAAAGUGAAUCGGUGGAGGAAACUGUUACAAAGUGUUCAGAACCGAGCAUCUCGGAGUGGGAAAACGUUGAGGUAAUCAGUGUUGAUCCUGUGCAAGAGUACGUGGACGUGAAUACUCAAGUAGAACGGGAGGAAACAGAACUGAGUGAGGGGGAUAAGUUAAGGCUCGUUUGUGAUAUUAGUGCUAGUGAAGAAGAGACAGCUGCGGUGGCUGUGGCAGAGGUAGAAGAGAUCAUUACGAAAGAAGAUAUGGUCACCAUCGAAGAGAUGAUCGUGAAAGAUGUAACAGACGUGAGGGAAGAAUUACAGGAAGCAAGUGCUCCUUUGUCGCAGACCAAUGAGGAGGUGGAGGAGGAUGACGACGACGAAGAGGAGGGAGAGGUUGUGAUCGAGAAAGAAAUUUCAGAAGACAGGAUUGAUGACAGUGCAAUAGCCGAGCCUGGAGUGGAAGAAAGUGAAGUUGUCCAUCAACUUGAGCAACACGAAGAGCGAUCGGUUGUGAACGAGAGUGAACACUCGCAGUCUGAGACAAUAGAAAACGAAUCUCUGGAAGGCAAUAAUGACGAGAACAGCCAAGAAGAGAUGGCUGGUGAAAUCUGUGAUAAAUCAAUAUAUGCUGCUACCGAAGAAUGUGAAGCGAUGGAGGUCCAAGAGGAAUUGAAAGAGGAGUUUACUGCUUUAAGAGAAAUCGAAAGUUUAGACAACCAAGAAAGCAAUAUCACAUUACUUCCUGUGGACACAGAAAUGAAUCUCACCCAAGAGACAGAAUUAGAGCGCAAUGUCAGAAGUGAAGAAGAAAAGGCAAAAAUGGACAUGGUCAGUGAGUUUGGUUCGGUCCCCGAGGAAGAAGUGAUUGAAGAAGGAAAAUUUCCAGAAGCAAUCAAUGAAGAAAAUUUAAGUGAAGGAAGGUACGAUGUGGACAUGACGGACAUAAACAAUCCUCUGGAGUUUGUCAGCGAAGAGGCGUCGUUGCAAGCCUCCAUGGACGUGCAGAUGAACACUAGCCAGGACUCUAUAGGCUCCCAGAGCGAUCUGAAGGAGGAUGCGAUGAGGUUUUCCGUGAAGCUGGAGGAAGAGAUAGACCUGCAGGACACAGCCAGCAACAUCCAGAGUCAGGAUAGUCAGGAUACAAGAGCUGACGAGGACUCGAGUUGUCCCCAGGACAACAGUUCAGACUUGGUUCUCCCUGACUCUGAGACGACAGUAGCCUGCGUGGAGGGUGUGAGAGAGAUGGCUGACCAGGACUACAACAUGUACAACAGUAUGCUGUAUCAGGAGGCUCUUAAGGAGGAAGAGGUGGAGGCGGCUGCGCUGUUCGCUGCGGCUUGGGGUGCAGUCGACUCUAGCACAGAAAAACUACUAGCACAAGUUGCCUUACAAGAGGAAGGGGAGGUGAACGUGAUACCCAUGCAGGAGGAGUUGGAGGUGAGGCUGGAGGAGGUGACAGGUCAGCACACACAGCAGGGCGAACAGCCCGCGAAGCCUGUCACCUCACCGCAGUAUCAAGGUCACGUCAAGUUGGAACUGGAGGUGACUCUGACGCCGGAGGUGGACAGUCAGGUGUCCAGCACCAUGGACAGUGGCGGGCUGGCGGGCAGUUCACGGUCCACCAUAACCCCAGGAGAAGAAGCUCCCAAGCCUCCUCCUCUUACGGUGAUUCCCCCCACUACCAUCGUGUGCCUGCCCUCUGCCACUCACACACCCGCUCCUCCCACCACUCAGCCACCGCAGGGGGUUGUCAGUUCUAGUGCUGUGCCCUACCUCGCACUCACCACCAGUACACCGGUCCGAGCGCUCCCCACCAAGCCCAAGCUUACUUCUGGCGGGCCGACAGGGCGGUCGUCUCGCAAUGUGUCCACCAAGCCCCCGCCCGGUGCUGUCAACCUGGAGCGAAGCUACCAGAUCUGCCAAGCCGUCAUACAGAAUAGCCCCAACCGUGACCAGCUGAGGUGCCAGCUCAAGCCUCCCACCGUCGCUGCUGAUCGGCAAGUCAGACAAGACGCAGUACAGUGUGGUGACAUCGUCCAGGGCCACGAAGUUGGGUAGCAAGCCUCGUAGCUACCAACAACGACCGACAGCCCCCGUGCUGGUCAAGCAUGUGUUCACCUCAUCCCAGGGCAUUCCAGUCACCAUGGCGGUGCUGCCCCACGCUCAGCCCCACAGCAAUCCCGAG